UUGCCAAAAAUGUGCUGAUUACGUCAUGAUCAUAAGGUUCCGUAGGUGUGUGUACAAGAAAGAUGGCGCAUUGGUUCCAUAGGAAUCCGAUCAAGGCGACUGCUCCUGUAUCGUUCGCCCUUGGACCGAUCUGUACCAACGCACAGACCCAGAAAAUAUGCAGUGACUUGCGUAUGAUCCGUGCACAACUCUUGGAACUCCUGUGUGACCCAAAUAAGGAUGUGACUGUUGUCAAGACAACAUCAGACAACUACUUUGCCUUGUUGCAAGGGUUCCUACAGGCCCUAGAUGACAACAGUGGUGAGAGCAAGUUGAGGCACUCGGUCAAGUUCAAGUGGUCCAGCACAGUUUUGAGCAAUGCUGUUGUCACUCAAGCUGAUGCCCUGUUUGAGUUGGCCUCCAUGGCAAUGAACAUUGGACUGUGGUAUACGAAACAUGCAGCCAAGAUAGCUGCCAGUGAUGAAGUAUCUAUGGAUGAAGCAAAAGAAGUGCACAAAUGUCUGAGGACAGCAGCAGGCAUCUUUAAGAACCUGAAGGAACAAGUUAUUGGGAGACUUCUGGAGACAGCAGAGAAGGGCACAGACCUGGAUCCAAAAGUUGUAGAAUCCUACUUCCAACAGUCAACAGCAGAAGCACAGGAAGUGGCCCUAGCACGAGCUGUGGAGAUGAAGCACAGUGCUGGCCUCAUCUCAUCACUGGCUUAUGAAACAGCUCAACUCUUCAUCACUGCAGGAGGUUCACUAGACCAACUUGAUGCAGCAAGUGUUGGAAAGUGGCAGAAGUAUCUACAGCUGAAGGGUGUAUUUUACUUGGCUCAUGCACACUGUUAUAAUGGAGAUGCACUGUUGGCAAAGGAUAAAUGUGGAGAUGCAAUCAGAGCCUUGCAGGAAAGUGAAAAGUUGUUUGAAAAAGCUGACAGCUUGUGCAAGGAGUAUGCAUCUGCCAAAGGUCCAGGGACAUCUGCCAGACCAGACCAGCAUGUCUUCUUCCAAAGACUGGGGAAACAGGUGAAAAUUACUCUGGACAAGUGCACAAGGGAAAACGGCUUCAUAUACUUCCAGAAGGUUCCUCCUGAGGUCCCAGAGCUGGAGAAGAAGGCCACAUAUGGUCUUGCCAACCCAGAGGAGUUCCAGUUGCCUCCGCCAAACCCAAUGUGGAGUGCUGACAUCUACAAUGCAUUUGACCUGUCACAGGCACCUGCUGCACAAAAGGCUGAGAAGGAACCAGAAGUCAAACCUGUGAAGGAAUCAGACAUCUAUCAGUCUACCAAGGAGCCUGGAACCUUCAGUGGAUGUGUGAUCUCCUAAGGUUGCCUUCCUGUGGAUUAAAAUUUGUAAAAAUGUGUACAAUACAAGGAAUUGUUUUGAGCAUUUGGGUGUAUUUCACAUUACUAAAUAAACUACAUUUUGUAUCUUGGAAAUGUCUUGCCUCAAUAUGGAAUGUUGUCUUAAGGGUGCCCCAAUUUUAGUUAGCAUUAAGCAUUUUUUAUCUUGAAAAUUAUUGAAUGAUUCAAAUGUAAGUAAUCACAAAUGUUUUGUAUCUGCAUUGCUAAAUACAUACGCAGUCUGACACAAGGAAAUUGCUUCCGUCAAUUUUGUACUAAAAUUGCAGAUGUUUAAUGGUAAUAUUAAUUUGUUGGUUUGCUUAACAACCUAACAGGAAGUUUUCAGGGCUCUUCAUUGUUUAUUUGGAAAGGCGUUCUUACCCCUAGUUGAGAACAUAUGUUAUUCUUAAGAAAUACAAAUGUAGGUAGUGAAACAUUCAAAGUACAUGAACAAAAUGUACGUAAGACCUGUCCUGACGCAGGUCUGGAGGGGAAGAAAGCAAAAGGCUAUCAUGUACCUGUUGAUAAUUUGUAAAUGUAACCUGUUACAUCGUAUACAGUAGUUGUUCUUUUGAAUGGAUUAAUCUGUUUUGCAGUAGUACUGCAUGCCACCCCUCUACUGAAAGAUAUCUACUGCGCAUGCCACGAUAGUAUGCAACCUGUGAAGCCGAAAUUAAAUUUCAAGCAGCCAAUUUUUCAGGGGAAAAAGAACAAGCUUGAGAUGACAUGUUUUACAUUUUUCUACUGAAAGAAAACAAUUCUCGCUUGAAUCAGUAACGUUACAUACAUUGUAUACUUUACCUAGAACUCAAAAUGUAUAAGUAUCUAUCGUAAAUAUAUGUAUAUCUGCUGACAUGUACAUUGUAUAUUAAUAAUACAACCUAGAGGUAGAGAUAGUAUACCAUAGUCAAGUUGCGGUGGCUUUUAGUUAUGUCAAAGUUGUAUAGCCAAACGUAUACAUGUAUGUUUGUAUAUGCAUAUCCCUUGUAAAGUGGACAGGGGACAAGUCCCCAGAGGAUGAUAAAGCUACAACUGACAGUCCUGUUCAGUCUAGUAAAUAAGUACUAAUAUGGAUGACUUUUAA